UUGUUUGUUGACCUGUAUGAUAUGUUGGCUUUCACCCCAUCUGUCACCAAAUAAAUAUGUAUGUGUUUAUAUACAUUUUUAUAAUUUGAUAGCUUAUGAAUGAAUGUAUGGAAGUUUGCGGGAAUCCACAUAUUUACACUUACAUGCAAAUUCUACUUUCCAACCCUUCUGGGAUUGGAAAUGAAGAUUUCCCAAGCCAAACUUUUUUGCACAGCGUAUGGAAUGCGCGCAUUUAAACAAAAAACAGAUACAAAUAAAAGUCGUUAGUUAUAAUCGCGAAUUUCAGCUUUCAACCCUUAAUAAAACACACAAUCUAAGGAAAUAUCUAUACAUAUGCAAAAACCUAUCUGCACAAUACAUACGUGUAUCCAUAUGCACAUAUGUAAAUAUGAGCAUAUAUCCUACAACAUUUUAUAGGAGUGCAUAUAUACUUUUUUGCCAAAUGGUUCGUCAUAUUUACAACAUAGGUAUGUACAUAAUGUUGGUUGGAGUCGGAAAACAAAGUAUGGUGAUUUAGCAUUAACACAAAUGCAGCCGUUUUCCGCAAUAAACCGCGCUUCUAAAACGUUUCUGUAAAUCUUUUAGUGUACUCGUACAUAUGUAAGACAUAAAUUAAUCGUGUCAAGUUCCAUCAAAAAGUGCGUCGUGUAUGGUGAUAUGAGUGAAUUAAUUACGACCAUAUCACUCGUAUUUGGCACAUUUUGAUAACAUCAUUUUUUCCUAAUAAACUGCUAUGUAAUAUGCUCCUUCAAUAAGGGCAAUUAAGAAUAAAGUUCCUAUUUAAUAAUUACUAAACUUUAAGGAAAUGAUCAAAUUUGUAAAUAAAAUAAUUAAGUAUAAGUAGGAAGAAAAAUAAGGUCACAAAAACAAAAAAAUGUAAAAUAUAACAGUACAAAGCGCGUGAAAUAAUAAACAAAAACUUAUCAACGAGUACAAAGCGAAUGGAUAUAAGCAUAUUUAAGUCUUCUGAUUGUUCUUUGACUGAAUAAUGAGUCCUAAAAAAUCAUUAAACCAAAAUUUCAACAUAUUCACCUUGGAAAAUGCACCCUCUACGCAAGCAACGCAGUUGGUCAACAUGAACUUCACGCAGUCUCACUUUCCAGAAAAUGUUCGAAGCUUCUUUAAAUUUGCGUGCGAUCUCAUGUCGAACACUUGUCACUAAACGCUUAACAAUACUACUUCAGAUUGAGCGAUUGAAAUACACUUAUUUGGCACAUGAUCACAUGCUCUUGAUUUUCAAAGUGAAUCACGAAUCGCUAAUCAUGCCUUUGAGCUUUCAACUGUAAAGCUUAGCAACACAUAGGCUUAAUUCUAUUCUAACCAUAACCAAUGUGCCCGUAAUAUGUCAGACUUAUCCCUGCAACCAAUAGAGCAGAAGUCAAUAACAACAAGGGAAAUAUCGCUAACAGCAAUUACAAACACAGGAACAGCAACCGUAACAACAACAGAAACCACAGCUGCGAAAUCAAAAGUCAAACUGUCAAAGUUUGCUACUUUAAAAUCUCACAACAAAGCACAAGAAUUAGUCACUAUACAACAAAAAGAAACAGCAUUCAAAGCAACAUCACAGUCGUUGCAACAGUCAACCACAUCACUAUUCUUGCCAUCGAUACCAAUAUUAAAUUCAUUUAAAAAAUUUGCGGGAGAUAUUAAGAAACCAACUUCACCACAACAUCUCGAUCAUCUGACCAGAUCUAAAGCAGUUUUUGAACGGAAACGUCGACGUAGAUGUAAAAACAAACGAUCCAGUUCCAUAGUUAACGUAAAGGUAGCUGACAUAAAAGACGAGAAACUUGAAACGGAUGACAAGGAACAAAUGAUAAGAUCGGAUGUCGAACUUUUUCAAGGCAAAAUCGUUUUCAAUUUGGAUGGUAAUGCUUUCAUAAUCGCUACAGAAAACUCGACGCAAGAUUUAAUUUUGAAUGCAAAAACCGUACAAAAAACGAGUGAAUCUAAGCAAUUACUGACGUCAAAUGUGGUUGGGGAAACAAGUGCUACAACUCAAAACAUAACAUCAACAACUGUAGCAAGUGCGACAACAACAACAUUGAGUACAACAUCGACUACGUUAAAAGAAGCACCAGGUGGUCAAGAUGGACAAGGACCCGAUGCCUUAAAAUGUAGCGGAAGCCCACGUAUACAUUCAUUUCGAAUUGUGAGUGCUCAGGAUGCUACAACCGCCAUCGUUGCUAACACUACCACCAUCGACAAAAGCAGUGUGGAGAAAACGGAGCUCAGAAAAUCGUAUAUCGAACAGCAACAGCGUCGCCGAUAUAGCACCUUCGACGAUAACGAUAGCGAUAGUAGCAACGACCACAAAAGAUCUUCCAAAAUACAAAAGCCGAUAUUGAUGUGCUUUAUAUGCAAACUGUCAUUUGGGAACGCAAAAUCUUUUAGCUUACACGCUAACACAGAACAUCAAUUGACACUACAAACAAAAGAACAGCAUUUAUUAAACUGCGAAUACUCGAGCGUAAUUAUACAGCCGCAAAAUAUGGAUGAACGGCCGCAAAUAUCAUUCCUUGAGCCAAUUGAUGUGCACAAUGCAAUCCAAAAUGAUAAAUUAAAUUCUGAGACUGAUAUUCAAUUUAAUGAGGGUACAUCGCAAGUAUUUUCUUGUAGACUGGAUAGUGCGGUUGAUACUUCCAUCUCUGAAAGUUCGAGUACAGGAUGUGUAAGAGCUGAAAAAUCGGACAAACCAGCGCCAAUAUCGUCAAACUCUAACUCAUUAUCGCCAUCUUCAUCUUCAGCUUCCCCCGUGUCAUCAGCAGUAGUACCAAUAGCACAUACCGUGUUGUCACCAUCACAGAUAACAUCAACUACGUUGUCCAGCGCAAUCGAAUGUAUUAACGAUAGCCAUCUAUUUCAAACAACCUCAUUUUCAAAAUGUAUGCUCCAGGGGCAGCGAAAUGAGGUGAGCGAUACUGCAGCAACAACUGCAGUAACAACACUGUUAUCAAGCCCUAAAUUUGAAACCAGUGAACAACAGCAGCAGCAAAAUAUAAAGGCAAAUGUAGCCAUAGAAUCGAACGACAGUACUGAGUCCAAAAUGCAAAGUGCAUCGAUAUCACGAUCACUGAUUCCCUUAACAGAGAACAUGUUAGCACUAACCCCACCCUUAUUACCAAAAAAAGAAUCAGAAAAUAUUAUUAAACUUGACGAACCAUAUAGUAUGGACAAUAGAACUGCAUCUGGCGGCGUUUUAUGCUCAAGUGCUGAUGUUCAACUGAAGCCAAGAUUGAUAGCGUCUCCGAUCCCUACAAAUAAAAACACCGCUAUGACCUGUGAUAUGGGCAGUUAUGACGAACGCGGUUUAUACUCAGAUUACAUCCGUAGCCCGCCUUUGACAACAUUUAGGAAAACUCAUGAUAAAAUGAUAGAAAUGUCCUCAUUAACAGUUAAUGCUCCAACUACUCAUGGUGACUUUGUACAUUUUGAAGCAUCUUCAGGAACGGUAUCAGAGGAAGGUAAUAUGUUGAAUCCAACAGAUACACUGGCAGAAACAGUUACAUUUUUGAAGCAGCAGCAGCGACAAAUUGCAACAAUGACCAGUACCUCCUAUGCCACCCCUCAACCUGCAUUAAUGUCCAUUGUACCCACGCACACUCAACUCAGCUGCUUACAUGCCUCUUUGGCAGCUUUAUCUGAUGACAGAAAUAUCAACUGCAGUACUACAGAUGCACAAAAAACGAACGCUAAAUUGUUCACCGACUUUUUGCAACAGCAUCUUAAUUUACAACAACAAAAAACGUAUUCCGAUGUAAGUGGCAAUUGUUCUGAACAUGCCGACUAUAAGGAUAGCGACUGUAAGAAUUGCGAAAUUCAACAAUUAAAGUCGUCUCCGUAUCACAGUUCAAUACACCAGCUUACCAACAACACGUCGCAAUGCUCGCCAAAUCGCAAUAAUGGCAGUUGUACCAGCAGCGCUAUUAUGAAAUCUCCUGCACACAUGGCCACAUCUCCUACAGCUGUCAAUGUCUCAACUGCGACAGUAGCGGCGACAGCGACAACCCAGCAACAAAAUGCAGCUGCUGCUGUAGCUGUGGCUGCUGCAGCAGCAGCAGCUGCGGCAGCUUCAGUGGCUAACAAUACCUCAAGUUUUACUAUCGGCGCAUGUUCGGACCAUAUCAACGGACGGUCUUUAGGCGUAGAAUGCGCUCGGUGCGAAAUGAUUUUAAAUUCAACGCGUCUUAACACAGGCGUUCAAAUGUCAACACGUAAUUCUUGUAAAACAUUGAAAUGUCCUCAAUGUAAUUGGCACUACAAAUAUCAGGAGACACUCGAGAUUCAUAUGCGUGAAAAACACCCGGAUGGCGAGAGUGCUUGUGGCUACUGUUUGUCCGGUCAACAGCAUCCCCGUCUAGCACGCGGCGAGUCAUAUUCUUGUGGAUACAAACCAUAUCGCUGUGAAAUUUGUAACUACUCGACAACGACAAAAGGCAAUCUUUCCAUUCAUAUGCAGUCCGAUAAGCAUUUGAAUAAUAUGCAGGAGUUGAAUAGUUCACAAAGUAUGUUAGCAGCCGCCGUCGUUGCUGCUAAUAGUGGAAAGGCGGAUGUUGCAUCCAAAAUGUUGCUAUCCAACAGUGCUGCAGCUGCUGCUCAACAACAACAGCAAGCACUACCGCAGUCUCAAUCCCAACAACCACACUCUACGCUUGUCGCCAGUUCGUCAAUGUGUAGUACCUCCGCUUCUGUGAGUGCCAGUGGUCUCGCCAGCGUCGAUGGCAUUGGAACUAAUUGCAACAUGCUCAAUAAAAAUAAGCCGUCCUUUCGUUGUGACAUUUGCAGUUAUGAAACAUCUGUAGCACGAAAUCUUCGUAUACAUAUGACCAGCGAAAAGCAUACGCAUAAUAUGGCUGCACUGCAAAAUAAUAUCAAGCACAUACAAGCUUACAGCUUUUUACAGCAGCAUUCGCAAGUUGUAGCCGCACAUCAGCAACAACAAUUAGCAGCAGCAACACAGGUAUCACAAUCACAAUUACCAGCACUGGCCAACAGUUUUUUGCCAGAAAUCGCUUUAGCUGAUUUAGCUUAUAAUCAAGCGAUAAUGAUCCAGUUGCUGCAGCACAACUCUGUUAGUCAACAACAGCAACAACAUGAAUCUGUUGCCAAAAUGCAGGUAAAAACUUCACCAUGUUCCUCACCGCGUUCCAUGCAAAUAGAACAGCAAUCAACAGCUCACCAGCAGCAACAACAGCAACUCCAACAAUUACGUCAACAUUUACAGCAGUCUUAUUCACCGAACAAUAGUUCAUCAAUGUUAUUACUUUCGGCUGAUCCGUUCGGCACCAGCGAUGUAAAUUUGCCUUCCCACGUUAGUGGUAGCUGCAGUAACGACGAAACGUUGGAGCCACCCAUACAUGCCGAUCCAUGUCCAACAAACCUGUAUAGUUGCUUAGUAUGUGAGGUGUUCGGUACAAAUAGUUUAGACGAAUUAAACCAACAUUUGCUGAUUGAUCGUUCACGUUGCUGCAACAAGCAGCAAGCUACACCAACAAAUGCGGUCGGCAACAGUUGCACCGAGAAUGCUAAUGUCACUAAUACAGUUAAUAGCAAUGAUAUAAUGGUAAUUUUAAACAACAAUUACGUUUGCCGAUUGUGCAACUAUAAGACUAAUCUAAAGGCAAACUUUCAGCUGCACAGCAAAACGGACAAACAUCUGCAAAAAUUGAACUAUAUAAAUCAUAUACGUGAAGGCGGUACACAAAACGAAUACAAGCUAAAACAUUUACAUCUAGCUACUAACACAGUACAACUUAAAUGCAACUGUUGUGAUUUCUACACAAAUUCCAUCCAAAAGCUGUCAUUGCACACGCAGCAUAUGCGUCAUGAUACGAUGCGUAUGAUUUUCCAACAUAUACUGCAUAUCAUGGAACAGCAAAAUUUUGAGCGAAACAAAACCAAAGAGAUGGCACCACACUCAAAAACUCAUUCACCUAAAGAUGCAACUGAAAUUGUUCCAAGUAUUCGUGAGUCGCACAGUGUUGUGCCUGUUCAUGAAAAUGAUGGGAGUGACACCAACCACAGCAGCAGCAUUGCAGUGGAAGACACGCCGCAGUCGAUGCAAAAGUCUUUAACAUGUCAAUUGUGUGAUUUUAGCACGUUUACGUUGCUUAAUAUGAUCCAGCACGUGAAAAGUAUGCGUCAUAUGCAAAUAGAACAGUUUGUAAAUCUACAACGACGCAGCGAGCAACUUGAUCCUCCUAGUCUGGAUGACAUUUUCAAGAUGGUAGAACGACCUACACUACAGUCUUCGGCACUAACAGCUGCUGCAAGACAAGAAGAAAAUAACAGAAUGGAAAAUGUUACAUCUGUUUCGCGAUUCGGCAAUUUUCCAAUGCCACUGGCACGUUUAUCAAACGAUGAUUUCUCUAAUAGAGAUCACAACUCUUUUUCACCGUCAUCUAACUCCUCAACUGCUUCAGGAAACACUAGUGUGCGCAGCAAAAGCUAUCAGAGUGUUAAUAUUUUUAACUUUCAAACAGCAAGUGAUGACAAAAAUGCUUCACCAUCAGCACUUCCGGGAGGUAGUCCCGCCGUCAUGCCCUCAGUUGUAUUUAAAUGCAACAAUUGUGAUUUUUUUGCACAUUCCAAAGCUGAAAUGGAACUACACCUGAGUGCAGUACAUCCUCAAACUGAGCCAGACUACAUUAGCAUCCCAACGAACUCUGCUGCCAUACAAGCAUUUCAAGCAGCUGUAGCGGCAGCGACAGCAGCAGCUUCUGCAGUGACUGCCACCCGUGCUCCUAGUAACAAAUCUAAUACAGAAAAUGAUGAUUUCCCUACUAUAAUUAAAAGAGAGCGCCUCUGUACGACAGAAGAUGAAGAAACCGUAAAGUCCGCAGAUGUGCAGAAUACAAUGUCGCUUCAGGAUGUGUCGACAAUUACACCUUGGUUCACAAAGACAACGAAUACAAUAAAUAAUUACGAAACUUCAGCAGCUAUGGUUCAACCUAAAUCAAUUCAUAAUGUAUUACAUGAGUUGGAAAAGACCGAGGAACAGAAAGCACAGCAAAUUGAAGAUACAAGUGGGGAUGCAUUGAUUGAAAGUACCAACAAAUAUUCCGGAGAAGCAGUCAAUGUUCAGUGUCCCCUCUGUACAGAAACAUUUGAUAGCAAACAUACAUUGGAAACGCAUUUGAUGAAUAUACAUAGUGUGAAUCACGAUGGUUUAUCACGUCUCCUACAAUUAGUAGACACUAGCGCUUGGGAUUUGACUGGUAAAACCGCAACAACGCCUACUAUAGCUAAAGACUGUAAGGACUCAAAUAGCGCCUCCGAAACAACAACUAAACAAACUAUCACCGGUACUAUUAAUAUUAAACCAUCGACAGAAUUAGAGUUAUCGCUAAUCGAGGUUUCAAAUGACAUACCUUUAAAUCUCAAUGCUUCUCAUACCUCGACUUACAUGCAUUCCAUAGAAUCGUUAAAUAAUAAUAAAUUGUCAUGUGAACACUGUGGUUCAAAAUUCAAGCAUGAAUUACAAUUAUUGCAACAUGCGCAAAAAAUGCAACAUUUCAUAAUCUUGCCAAAUGGUGGUCACCGUUGUUUGGCUGCUAGUCAUCCCAGCCGACCGUGCCAUUCGACGUUUCCGACUCAAGCUUCAAUGGUCAUCCAUUAUAAAAAUACUCAUAUUAGCUUAAUCAUAUCCGAGCGUCAUGUGUAUAAAUACCGAUGUAAACAUUGUUCACUUGCAUUUAAAACUCAAGAAAAACUAUCUACACAUUUGCUGUAUCAUACGAUGCGGGAAGCCACCAAAUGCACGCUCUGCCAACGAAACUUUCGUACGACUCAAGCGUUACAAAAGCACAUCGAUCAAACACAUCAUAGUAGCGGCGAUCAACAUGUCGUCAGUAACAGUCCACCGACAGUAUUAAGCUAUAGCGGCCGUGGAUCGCCAGCCUUACAGAUGAGUCACGUGCAAAACAAAUCCCAAUUAAAUGACAAUGGCAAUGCAGCUAAAAACCAAGACAUCAAUGUCCGUGCAUCGCCCCCUACGACACCGAAAACAAAUGAAUCUUCAAAGGUAUCGUCUUCCCCAUUACCAGCUAACAUAUUGCAAGACCAACAGCAACAAGAACAUGCUGCUGCUUACACCGCUGCGUUAUUAAAUCAGUCAACACCUCUACAGCAACAACAACAUAUCAGCGGCGAAGAACUAACAGAGAGCGGCUGUCAUCUUAUGCAGCAUACACAAAUGAAACCACGUAGUCCCCUCUUAACACAAAAAUAUCUUCAACAACAGAAUCUUCAAAACCUUCAACAAUUGCCACAAUUGACGGCAGCAGCAGCUACAUCCGGCUUUCAAUUGAAUCCUGUCGAGAUAUUUAAUCUUAUGCAGUUUCAUCACAUAAUGUCAAUGAACUUUAUGAAUCUUGCACCGCCGCUUAUAUUUGGGGUCGGCACUAAUUCUGGCUCUAGUGACAAUGUUGAUUUGUUAACACCCACUCACAUACCUAAAGUUACUUACAAUCCCAGUGCCAAUACACUUCUAUGUGGGAACGAUAUGUCGGUACCAGGCACACCAGUGGCGCCGCGAGCGGACCUAAUAGGUGCAUUACAGCAACAGCCUCAGUCCCAAUCACAACAAUCUGCACCAACUAGUACCGUUCAGAUGGUAAAUAAUCAGAAACGUGCAAGGACGCGUAUCACUGACGACCAGCUUAAAAUUCUGCGAGCUCAUUUUGAUAUUAAUAAUUCGCCAAGUGAAGAAAGUAUAAUGGAAAUGUCACAAAAAGCGAAUUUGCCAAUGAAGGUCGUCAAGCAUUGGUUUCGGAAUACGCUGUUUAAAGAACGUCAAAGAAACAAAGAUUCCCCUUACAACUUUAAUAAUCCACCAUCUACAACACUAAAUUUAGAAGAAUACGAACGCACUGGACAAGCAAAAGUUACGCCGCUGAACGAGGAUUUACCUACGGCAUCGAAUAACUCUAUGCAGCAACAACAAAAGCAAAAUAUUCAUGAAUCGAAUCCCAAAAAUAAUUCAAAAGAAAAACCAACCACUAUGACAGACAUAAGUGGCGAUUCUUCGUUAUUAAUUGACAUCAAAGCUGAACCCCGAGAUGAUAAUAUUGAGGCAUACAUUACAACUCCAGGGAGUUCACAACGUCAAAAUGAACAGCAGCAACCUCAAGAGCAAAGGCAACGAGAACUGCAUAAGAACGACGAAAAAGAUUUAUUGAGCACGUCAUCGGCAUUGCUGCUGCAUAAACGACAACAGCAUUUAUCCGCAUUGUCAGCGUCUGAACAUCAACAACAACUUCUUGAAAUACCGGGAAACACAGUAGUGGGAACGGCUCCUGUUACGGCGUUGCAGCAGCAUCAUCAACAGCAACAACAUUUGCAUGGUCAAUCAAAUCAAAAUAUUCACCAGCAACAUCCACAGCAUAUCAACCUAUACAGUUAUGAAACCAAAUCAGAAAGCGGCAGUUCGGACAUCCUUUCCAGACCUCAGUCACCAAACAACAGUUCUACAGUUGUACCGACACACUAUGCCAGCAUUAAUGAGUUAAUAAAUCAACAAUUGGAUAAUUUGCCGCUCGGCCAUAAUAUCAGCAAUAUAAAUGUUGGCAACAUGCACGGUAACAACAUGGGCCCGCCGAAAAAUUUUCAAACCAGCAAAUCUUUCGACAAAAAUUCACCGACUUCUCAGUUUGACACCAAUUCGAAUUCAUCGAAUGCAUCGUCCACAUCGAGCGGAAAGCGCGCAAAUCGCACACGCUUUACGGACUACCAAAUUAAGGUACUGCAGGAAUUCUUUGAGAAUAACUCCUAUCCAAAGGAUAGCGAUUUGGAGUAUUUAAGCAAGCUAUUAUUGCUUUCUCCACGAGUUAUUGUUGUCUGGUUUCAGAAUGCUCGCCAAAAACAGCGUAAGAUUUAUGAAAAUCAACCAAAUAAUUCACUUUACGAAACUGAAGAGAAAAAGCAUAAUAUUAACUACGCCUGCAAAAAGUGUAAUAUGACAUUUCAGCGCUAUUACGAGUUGAUACGCCAUCAAAAAAAUCAUUGCUUUAAAGAAGAAAAUAACAAAAAGUCGGCCAAGGCACAAAUAGCCGCAGCACAGAUCGCACAAAAUCUCAGCUCAGAAGACUCCAAUUCUUCGAUGGACAUUAAUAAUAGCAGUGCGUAUCAAUUACAGCAUCAACAUAUUUCUAAUGCUGCAGCAACAGCGGUGUUGUCAAGUACCGCCAACGUUUCCAGCACAUCACCUAGCAGCACAGCUCCUGGCGUUACAUCGCCACAGCAUUUAUAUGGUAAAUCGUCAAUGUCAAUGACUGAUUUUAGUCCAUCCACUACGCCCACUCCACCACAGACACAGCGUGAGCGCAGCGAUAGCAGUGAAUUGCUGCCGCAAGGUCCAGUGCACAAGUCAAAAUACGAAUGUGACAAAUGCAAAUUACAAUUCAGUUACUACGAACAUUUCCGUGAGCAUCAGCUACUACACCUAAUGAAUCCCAGCUUAUUUACCACACAAAUUACAAACAUACCAGAGGCUUACGGUUCAUUUGGCAGCAUAUUGCAAAGCUUACAGCAAGUUGCAGCUGCCAGUGCCACGCAUCAGCAGCACCACCAAUUCCUAGAACAGCAAGACCAACCACCCGCAAAAAAACGUAAGUGCUCUGAAACAUCUUCAAUAGCAGAUGAUGUGUCAUCAAUUUUUGGCACCGGUGAUGGUGAAAUCAGCAACCCUGUCUCAUUUUCGUUAUCAAACAGCAAAAAAUACGAAUUUUUAUAUCAGUAUUUUAUGCAAAACGAGAGCAACAACGAAUUGAAACAACAAUUUCAAGCACAACAAAAAAAGUCACAUGAACCAGAAAUCGAAAUGGAAUAUUUAACAAAUUUUUACCACCAAAGUGAGUUACGAAAGCGUAGUAAUUAUGAUUUCUUGUAUCAAUAUUAUCAAAAAAAUGAGCACACACAGCAAAUGAGUGCUUUGCCGUCCCAAGCGGGCGUUUUCGGUAGUGAAAACAAACCAAAUAUAGACGUUCUACUCCAGUACUAUCAACUGAAUGAAUCAAAAAGGUUUUUUCAGUUAAAUGCCUCGAACCAAGAACUAAAUGACCUUACGGCAGCGUCGCCAACAUCCACAUCACAAUACCAACAUGUAAAUAAUCCGAUACCAAUAUCGAAUAGUGAUCAUACAACCACACCUAGAGUUGAUCGGUAUGAUAUAACCGAUAUGAGUUUAUUGAAAAACUCUCUGGAUGUCCCUAAUAGUAGUAUUAAUUUUACAGAUUGCGAUAAUGACAACAACGACCACGAAAUAAGUAGUAAUGGUUGUGGCAUGGAUGUUGACGACGCUGAAACUUGUACUGACACUGAUGAUCAUAUUAAUGACAAUAAUCAAAAAUCGAAUGAAAUCUACGGUCACAAUAGCCGAAUCAACAUAGUGAAGAGUAGUAACGAUAAUGAUAAUAAGGAUAAUGAACAAGCAGCAAAUAAAUUUGCGAAAAUGGAUCCAAUUAAUGAACUCCCUACUAGUCUGCAAUCUCCAUUUUCUUAUAGCAAUGAGCAACAUAAGCUCAAGGACUUAAGUAAAUCUCUUGCCAGAUGCGGAAAAAAUCAAAAACAUAAUUUGACAAAGCGUAAAGCAUCAAAUGUGUCAUCAAAAUCAAAUACGACAACAACAAUUAAUAAUGAGUAUAUUGAUCAUUUAAACGAUUUUCUUCAUGUCAAUCAAAAAUACGAAUCCAAAGAGAAAAGUAAACAGCAGCAGCAUUAUAACGAUUUACUACAAGCACAAAAUGAAACCAACGGUCUUGGGAAUAAUGGAUCAGCCCGACAAGCAAUCGAUAAGAGACAAUUAGCAGAGACUACAUCAUCAUCACCGAAUUCCACUACAAAUUUAAAUAACAAACCUACCGUUGGGUCUUCUACCACAACAACAAACACAGUCACUGGUAUUUCUGAAAAACAACAAAGCAAACGAUUACGCACUACAAUACUGCCGGAGCAAUUAAAUUUUCUAUAUGAAUGCUAUCAAAAUGAAUCGAAUCCAAGUAGAAAAAUGCUUGAGGAGAUCGCAAAAAAAGUUAAUCUUAAAAAACGGGUUGUACAAGUUUGGUUCCAAAACUCACGUGCCAAAGAUAAAAAGUCACGCAAUCAACGCUUUACUGCAAUAUCCGAUGACAGUAACUACGAGGAUGCUUCGCAAAAUAAUCGAGACUACGGACUCUUUCAAAAAAAUACAUUGAAGUCCACUACAAUCCACGGCAACAAGGGCAACAUGAACUUUUUACCUGAUGCUAAUAUAAGUAAUAACACCAACACUGGAAUGGAAUUAGGCGGCUGUAAUUUAUGCCAACUGUCUCAAGUAAAUGUUCAGCAACAUGCCUUAUCUAUUGAGCACAUAUGUAAAGUAAAAAAGCUGUUGGAGCAAACCGCAGUUGAUGUCAAACUUAAUAUCGAUUCGAAAGUUUUUUCAACUGCAGUGACUGUGGAAAAUGAAGAAUUCACAAAUAAACAAAGUGCAACUGGCCAGCCAAAUACUAACGCCGAUUUAAAAGAAGGUAAAUAUGUCACGAGUGACGAAGCUGCUCUUGCCCAAGAUAGUGAUUUCAAGACGUAUGUGAAUACUGAUAUUACCGGCAACGAUAGACUUGUCACUUUUACGAGAAUAUAUAAGGAGCUGAAAUUACAAAAUACAAUGAAACGAGCCAUCGAUUAUACAUCCAAUAACGAAAACAGUGAAUUAAUGGAAUGGUAUGAAUGUGGCAAUAUUAAUAAUGAAAGCAAUGGAGCAAAAACAAACGACAUAGGUGACAAUCGAUGUAAAGGGCGAAAACCACAGGUUGCUAAACAGACUUCAAAAGAAAAUAAUGAAAAACAAGAAAGGGAUAAAGUUAUUAAUAGGUCAUACAGUGCUGAGAAUGUUGAGAACACUGAUAUUGGAAGCGUCAACAAUAUUGUCAAUCACAAAUUAAUGGAAACUCAAUAUAAUAUUAAAUAUAGUGAACGCAGCAGCAAAAGUGCCAUUUUUGUUUCAAAUGCACCGCUGGCAACAAGUAUUACUGAUGAUGAAGAUAAUUAUAUAGACGAAUACAAGGAUAGUAGUGAUGGGAAUACGAUAGAUCUAAAUGAUAAUAAUGAGACCAUACAAAACCCAUCAACCAGAAAUGAAACAAUAACAGCAAGCAGUAACAAUAGCAGCACAUCUUGUACAUUAACAACCAGUACAACGCAUACGCAAUUAACUAAUACGCAUGCUCAAGAUAUUAUUCAACAAUUAUUUAAUUGUAAUCAAAUAACUGAUAAAACGGUUCAUUCCCCAAUUGACGUUCUCGAAUAAUUCGACGGCUGGGAUGACAAACAAUAAAAAACAUGCUUAUAUAACGAAGAUCGGCUACAAGAGAAAUCUGCCAAGCGGAGUGAUAAAUACAAAACAUACUAAAGUUAAAAGGAUGUAUUGCAAAGAAUACUCGCAACAUGUUUAAUGAUAACAAAAACUUAUACUAAAAGACAGAUACACAUAGUUCCUAUUUUGAAAAAAAAAAUCAUUAGUAACGUAAUUUAAAAUCUAACACCUCGAUUUAUAAAGAAGAAACUAUUACAUUAUUCAAUAUAAAGCGGCUGAUAUACACGUGGAAAAUAUACAUAGAAAACACAAAAUUAAUGUUAGUUGCAGUUAUGCAUUAAUAGGCGAAAAUAAGAAUAUAAAAUAAAUAAAGUAAGAACAUUGAUAUGGAAGCGCCAAAGAAUGACACUAUCAAAGUGUGCUUCAAUAGAAAAUAUAAUUGAGAAUAUAUUACAAUAUUUUUGGGUGUUGUCUAAAUAACACAUAAUAUGUAUUAAACGAAGCAACAUUUAAUGAUCUAGAAGUUAAGGCUGGGGUCUCAGUCAGUCCUAAAAAAAAGAAAACAAACAUACAUACAUAUUUUACCCGUGUCUAAGAUGAUAGGUGUAUUACAAUAAAUUAAUCUAAAUAAGUAAAAGUAAAAAUUAAAGGAUAAAACUUUAGUGAAAAUAAACGAAACCUAACAUAAAAUAAAUUUUCGAAAAAUAUGCAACAAAGUUCCUAGCAUUUUAGUGUGCUACAUACUAUUUUGCCUUUGUUUAUUCUUUUAUUAAAUUAAAGCUUAAGAUCUGGCUAAUUUAAAUGUAUUGUAAUGUUGAAAGGUAAUCAAUGUCGCAAAAAAACGCAGUGAGGUCAGUUAAAUUUAGAAAUUUAUAUUUUUACCUUAUAACUAUUAAAGAAGAUAUUUAUUUGAAAGUAUAAUGAAACAAUGGUCGAAAAUAAUGCUUAAGUUAAUUAUAUGAACUACAUCCUGUAAAACUUAUCCACAAAAAAUUAAUGCCCUUGCGAAGUAUAAUAAAGUACCAGCAUUACAAACCAUUACUUAAGAGUA